UUCUAUUUUUUAAAUUCUCUUUCUGUGGUUUGCUACUCCGAUGGUCAAAGUGAAGGCAACUGCUGUGCACAGAGCAAGUUAGUUCUCUGGGGAAAACUGCAUGAGAGUUGGAGGUGAACUGACAAAGCAACAAGAAAUGAACUGGAGACAAAACGUUAGAUUUAUUUUAACAAUGACUCUGGCUUUCCAGGGUAUUUACUUUGGAAAAGGCUAUGUACAAGAAGGGAACAGACAUGAGAGUGGAGAAGAUUCUGCCACAGCCCAAAAGUACCACACAAAACACCAAUUUGCCACAUUAAAUCUCUUCAAGUAUAUGAAUCAGAGCUAUGGAAGCAAAAAGCAGGUGAACAUUAGGCCAGUUGUGCCUUUCACAGGUCUUACACAGAGUCGAACGUUAAACCGGCACUGCUGUCAAAAUGGAGGAACUUGUAUCCUCGGCAGCUUUUGUGCAUGCCCCAAACACUUUGCUGGCAGAUACUGUGAAUAUGAUGAACGGAAGAGCAAUUGUGGCCCAAGCAAGCAUGGAGAAUGGAUGCGAAAAGGUUGCCAGCUGUGUCGAUGUGGUUACGGUGUGCUACACUGUUUAUCUGAGCAGAUACAAAACUGUGCUUUAACAGAGGAAGAGGAAUUUAUCCAUUUACCUUCAAAUUGUCCAAGACUGCAGCAAACAAUGUGCUUUCUUAUUCUCCUGCUAGGUGGUUUCUUUGCAUUGUUUUGCACAAAGAUCUUCCAUCAGCUGUGAAAAGAAUCACUUAUUCAGACCUGGAGUGAUUUGUUUUAUCAUCAGAUUUGUCUUUCAAAAAGGCUGGAAGACUAGAUUUUUAAAACAAAAAACAUUCUUGCCUACUAUUUAUUUACCUGUCCAACAGAAAUUUUUUUGGUUGUAAAAAAAAAUGUAUUUUAAACUCAGCAGCUCUACUACCACACUAAAUCCUAGCAUUAACUACCU